AUGUCCACUCAAAUAACAUCUCGUCGCGUCUUUCGCCGAACAGACGACGAUACGCCUGGCACCCCCCGAGUGCAGCUUCUCACCGAAGCGCUCCCUGUUCUCUCCCCCACCUCCGUGCUCAUCCAAGUCUACGCUGUCGCCCUCAAUUACCGUGACGCCAAUAUUGCUAACGGCCGGAACCCGUGGCCUGUCACACCGCAUGGCAUCCCCUGCAAUGACGCAGCGGGCGGAAUUAUUGCCAGAGGCAAGAAUGUCAAGUCCAUCUCCGUGGGCGGCAGAGUCGCGCCGAUCAUCGAUACGGAGAACAUCACGGGUCGAGAGCCCACAAGAUCCUGGCUGGCUGCUGACGAACACAAUGUCCUAGCUGAUUAUAUCGUCUUUGACGAGUGCAAGCACAGUUCCCAGAUUCCGCCACUACUGACUGUCAACUAUGCGACGCAUCCCGAGUGGCAUGAAGAAGUCCUCAAACUCACUGACGGGCGUCGACCUGGUCGUCGAAGAUGGUGGGAGCAAUUCGCUCGUCAAGAGUAUGAAAUGAACCCGUCGCGGCAGGACAAUCAGCCAAGUGGGGUAUCUGAGUAA